AGGAACCCGCCAACUGCUGAUUUUGCCCCUAAACAUUCGAAACUUCCCCAAUUGGCCAUACCCACUGAAAGAGUACAAACUACAACCGCAGCCGCUGUCACCAUUUUGGAAACCAGAUACAGAUACGGGGACAAAGACAGAUACAGGGCCAACUACAGAUGCUCGCUGGCUGCUGGGAAGAGUAGCUUCAGUUGCGUGCCUCCAUUCCCCCAGAGCAAACCGUUCCCGCCGGAAGAGAGUAAGACAAGCCAGAAAUGCGCAGUGGGCUAACGCUUUGUCCACUGCUGGUGGUGCUUCUAGUGGGUCACCGAGUGGCCCUAGUGGCGCCGGCGCACCUGCUGACCAGCUACCUGCCCGCCUCCAUGCAGGCCUUGGCCUACUACAUAGACCUGCUCCAGUAUGAGCCGCUCUCCAGCACCACAGUGGAACCGCCUUUCAGUGCGGAUGACGCAGUGGAAGCCACAACAGCGGCCUCGCGGCCAUCCACCGCGUUGCCCACGAGGACGAGGACUACCACCACGAGGAGGCCUGGGGGAACAGGAGCUUUGGGUUCGGUCUGGUGGCAACCGCCAAGCUGGUGGGAAACGAGUUCGCCACCGCCACCGCCACCGGAAUCCACAACAGCUAGUGCGCCGCCCUCCACCCCAGUGCCCACAAGGAUGAGGACUACCACCACGACGAAGAGCACCACCCCCACCAAGAGGCCUAGUGGAACAGGAGCUUUGGGCUCAGCCUGGCAAGCGCCCAGCUGGUGGGUAACGAGUCCGCCACCGCCUCUCAGUACGGAGUCCACGACAGCUAGUGCCCGGCCAUCUACACCACUGCCCACCAGGAUGAGCACCACCACCACCACGACGAGUACCACCACCACCAGGAGGCCUAGUGGAACAGGAGCUUUGGGCUCAGCCUGGCAAGCGCCAAGCUGGUGGCAGCCUCCCCAGAGAACGUCCAGCACGGCAAGACCCUCCUUUCCUCCCACUGUGUCGCAUCGCCCAGGAAUCUUUGCACCAGUUUCCCCUCCGGAAAGGGCGGUGGAAGGCCAAACAAUCUUUGAUGAAAUCGAAGAUGAUGAUGCGGACUUUGACUCGUUGCCCUUGUCCUUGAUCCGGGAUAUACAAAACGAGCGUCACGACUUCACCAAUGAUGUGGAAUCGCUGGACAACUUCUUGCGCCUGUACGACGAUAACUACGGCAGGGCUGCCUUCGAUGUUGAGUCCGCCAUGGAUCGGUGGAGCACCACUUCGAUAGCGGGCAAGAAGAGGGUGCCGCCCACCAAGCCCUAUGUGGAUUUCCUGUUGGUCUACGAUCUCCUGAAGCGCGAUGCCAAGGCGGCAAACCUCAGCAAGUACGAGGGAUAUUCGGAGGACCUGUUGGAGCAGCUGCACGAGUUGUCCCAGGCCUCUUCGGCCAGGCAACUGCACACCCUCUUCCAAAGGAUGCUGGACCGGGGCGAUGUCCAGCGGAGCGACGUGGUGGCCCGCGUCCAGGGGAUCGUCAAAGAUCUGGGCAACCCCAAAAGCGCCACGUCCAAGGCCUUGGCCUUUAUUCCCAGCAUGCAGUUUCUACCUUAAGCUCCUAGAUAAGUCGCAAUAAAGUCGAGGGACCAGUUGACCUUA